CGACUCCUCCCACGCCAGAAGCUAACGACGAGUCCGCAGACUACAUCAACUACGAAGCACAGCAGCACCACCAGCAGGUUGCCGCCCCCGGGUUCCGCGCGUACGACCAGCCUUCACGCAGUACGUCUGUCAAGCACGAGCGGGUGGACAGCGUCGGCAGCAAUGGUGUCGGCAACAAGGUCGCCAUUCCGAAGAACGGCUCGAUAUCUUCUCUGAAGCGCAAGGCAAGCGACGAGUUGUCGCCAACGCAGAGCGGUGACGCCGGCAUGACUGCCCAGCGGAGUGGGCCCAUGUCCACGGACAUCACCAUUCCUGCGCGCCCACGGCCUGGCCGGAAGCCACUGGGACAAGAGAAUGCCGCAGACCGUCGUCGGGUGCAGAAUCGGGUCGCUCAGCGUAACUUCCGUGACAAGAGGGCUCAAAAGAACCAGCAGCUGGAGGAUCAGAUUCGCGAGUUGAGUGCGGCCGGUCAGCAGCGAGAGGCUGAAAACCGCAACACAAUUGCCCACCUGCGGACACUAAAUGCCGAGAAGGAUCGGGCACUGGCGGAUCUCAAGGCUGAAGUCGCCGCCCUUCGCACAGAAAUCACAGAGAAGGAUAAGCGAAUCGCCGACCUCGACAGCAACCUGAAGGCCAGGGUGUCCGUAGAACAAGUGCGUUCUCAGCCUGGUCAGACAGCGCUUCACGAGCCUUCCACUGGUCCCACACCACCGAGCUCAGAGUACGAAAUUGACUUCACCACCUACGGGCGGAGCACCAGUUCGGCGUACGCCAUUCGCGACGUGCUCAACGAGAAUAACGAUGUGGAGUUCACUAUCGACAACGAAGACCCUUGCGGCUUCUGCACAGACGAGCAGAACUGUGCCUGCAAACAAGAGCAGCAGCGCCAGCGAUCGAAGCCAGUACCCAUGGAGCCCAAAGUCACAACCAUGCCCGGCAGCUGCGACAUGUGCCGUUCCGACCCGGAGCGAGCACGCGCCUGUAGAGAAAUGGCCGCCGCAACACGACCAGCAAGUGGUGAAACCCCUCGCUCAUUCGCCAACCAGCCAAGCAUUAGCACCCUAAGCAGCAGUACUUCCAUGCCACCGCCCCGGAUGUCUUGCUCCGCAAUGCUCGACCAAUUCAACAAGUACGGCCAACGUACGUCCACCAUCCGCGACUUGUUCGGAGGCCGCCCUCUGAACGCAUACCCGCGUGAAAGUGGUGGCGGUUUCGAUCUUGAGGAGAAGCAAGCUGCCGAGGUCCUUUCCACUCUCGCUCGUCGCAGCACUGGAGCAGAGUCUACGAGCUCUUUCGCUUCUUCGCAGUGAUUUGCAGACUUGAGCACAGCUUUCUGCAUCAUACGACGUUAAUGACAGCUCGAGCGUAUGAUUGCUUCAUCAUGAUACCAAUUCAACGACUCUUUUUGCAUGCUAUCUUGGAGUGGGGCGUUUGCUAGGAGUGUGGAGUAGCGCGUAUGGAGGAAACAAAGGCGAUGACGAAUAAACACGAACACUUUUGUUCGCGGGACGGGAAAGAACAUUGAAAAUAUGGCAAUACGGUCACUGUUGACGUUUGUAUAGCGCAUUCACCUCUGAAGGUAACGCUCGGUCGCCAUGCACGCAGUGUGCAACUGCUUACAGUAGAUGCUGCUUGAACCAGCUUAAAAAAUUUCCCACAUCACUUCACUCCUCUUUUCCUGAUUCUCAUGACUGCCGUCGUGCUUCCAUGGGAAAACUUGCUCAUUCGUGCUCCAGUCAUCACAGAGAUCCUGGACUCUGUCUUAGACUUGAAUACUCAUCAAUCACUUGCUCCCUCUCGUCAUCCUCUCUACUCGGACCGUCUUGCCUCUUACUUUCUGAGCAAUGAGAAGCAGACAAUAGAAGAUUACUAUUCGUUCUCUCGCACUCAAAAAACAAAAUCAGCACUAAGUUAGUUCCAAACAUGAGGCAGCAGCCAUCCAUGUGCUUAGCUUUUUUUCCUUUAGACCUGUGCCUCCUUGCCGG